AUGACCGUCGGCACUAUCUACUCCUACCCCCAGAACCCCCGCGUCUUCAAGGCCUUGGUCGUUGCCAAGUACAACGGCCUCGAGGUCAAGGUCGAUGACAAGUUCGUCAUGGGCACCACCAACAAGACCGAUGCCUGGAUCGCCAAGUUCGGUGCCUCCCAGGUCCCCGCCUUCGAGGGUACUGACGGUACCGUCAUCAUCGAGUCUGGUGCCAUUGCCUACUACCUCGCCCAUUUGAAGGCUGACUCCACCCUCGUUGGCCGCUCCAACGCCGAGGAGGCCCUUAUCCAGCAGUGGAUCCAGUUCGUCGACUGCUCGCUCGCCGUCGCCAUCUCCGCCUGGAUCUACCCCAUUCUCGGAUACAUUCCCUACAACAAGGCCUCCGAGACCGCUGCCAUCGAGCGUACCCGUGACCAGCUCGCCACCCUUGAGCGUCACUUGAUCAAGAAGACCUACCUCGUUGGCGAGCGCGUCACCUUGGCCGAUAUCUCGGCCGCCUCUGCUCUCUUUACCGGCUUCAAGAUGGUCUUUGAUGCUCCCUUCCGCAAGGAUUUCCCUGCCGUCACCCGCUGGUUCACCACCAUCGUCAACCAGUCCAACUUCAAGGCUGUUGCCGGUGAGUUCGCCUUGUGCGAGAACCAGGCCAAGUUCACCCCUCCCAAGAAGGAGACCAAGGAGAAGAAGCCUAAGGAGGAGAAGCCCAAGGAGGAGAAGAAGCCCAAGGCCAAGGAGCCCGAGGAGGAGAAGGAGGAGACCUUUGAGGAUGUCCCCAAGCCCAAGUCCAAGUUGGAGCUCCUCCCCGCCGCCAAGAUGCCCCUUGACGAGUGGAAGCGCCAGUACUCGAACAAUGACACCCCCGUCGCCAUGAAGUGGCUCUGGGAGAACAUUGACCUCACCACCGACUACUCCAUCUGGAAGGUCGACUACAAGUACAACGACGAGUUGACCAAGCUCUACAUGUCCAACAACUUGGCCGGUGGUUUGAUGAACCGUCUCGAGCGUGCCCGCAAGUACGCUUUCGGUACCCUCGUCGUCGCUGGUGAGGACAACGCCAACAUCAUCACUGGUUACUUCAUCGUCCGUGGUGUCGCCGACGAGAUGAUUGAGGAGAUCACCGAUGCUGCUGACUACGAGUCCUACAACUGGGUCAAGGUCAACGUCACCGACGAGGAGAAGAAGAAGAUCGACCAGGUCUUCGCCUGGGAGGGUUCCCUCGAUGGUAAGGCCAUCGCCGACGGAAAGACCUUCAAGUAA